UAGUAUGCGACCCGACCACCGUCGAUCUGCUGGCGUGCGAUCGCUGCGACGUCGAUCCUUGCGAGCUCGUCUGCUCGUUCCGUCCACACAUAUACAUCAUCCGCGAUCGUCUGCGCGCGCGUGUUUUUGCGGGAGUUUAUGUUUGCGUGCGUGCGAUCGCGAUCAUGUCAUCCGAGCGACUUUAUUGUUUUGUAUCCACAUCGUAGUUCGAUCCAGUAGAUUUCGGUUACCAGCUGUCGGUUAAAAGACAUUAAUAAGUAAUACCAGAAACCAAGUAUAAUAUUUACACAUCGAUAUCGGUAAUAGAUCAUUGUCUUAUAACUGUCGUCCCCGGUUAACCGAAUCCUACCUUUGCUGUUGCCGCCGGACUAUUAUAGUGGACUUCACACACCAACACAAUAUAACGCUUCGUAAAUCACUAAGCUAGUAUCGUCGUCGUCAUCGGCGUAAUCAUGACAAUAUACGUGCCGAAACUCAAAUCGUUCAAAACGCUGCGUUGCGCAGUGACGGUGGAGCCCAUGCUGUUCUUGUACUUCGUGGCCAACGUACUGUCAAACAACGUGGGAACAAACAUGCUGUUACAUAAAGGGUGCAACCCGAACGCGACCAUGGCACCGGACCUGUACGUGUCGCCGGACUGUCUUCUGGAGAACGGCGCGCAGCACGGCGUCUCGUCCAUCAACGUGUGGAAACACAUGAUUCAAGAACUGCUGUCGCUGGUGUUCAUCAUGUUCGCGGGCCCGUGGAGCGACCGGCACGGCCGCCGUCGCCGGCCGCUGAUGUUCGUGCCGGUGAUCGGACAGAUGACCUGCGACGCGUUCAACCUACUGUCCGCCGUGUUCUGGAACCAGCUGUCGCCCACCGUCACCGGUAUCACGCAGUCGCUCAUCCUGUCCGUCACCGGGUCGCAGCACUGCUUCUUUAUCGGCAUGUUCGCGUACCUGGCUGACAUCACCGACACGUCCAACCGGACCAUGCGCAUCGGGUUCGCGUCGGCCGUCCUGCCGCUGGCCGCCACCUUGGGCGCGCUGUCCGGUGGUUACCUGAACGUCAAACUCGGGUUCGCCACCGUGUUUGCCUUGAACGUGGGCCUAAACGCGAUCGCCCUGUGCUUGGGCCUGCUGUUCAUUUACGACACAUCCGAACCGUACAAGGUGACUGGUUCGCUGUACAGGAACACGUUCGACCCAAAUAUCGUCGUCCAGAGCUGCAAGACCGUAUUCGUCAAGCGUGACAACCACAAGCGCUUUAUACUCUUGCUUAUGAUCGUCGCCUCGCCGUUGACCGGUGCUCCUUUUGUGGGUGAAAUAGGUCUAAUGUACUUGUAUUUGAGAAAGCAGUUUGGCUUCAAAGAAAUUAAUUUUAGUUUAUUCAGUGCGUACACAAUGGGAAUUAUGCUAUUUGGAUCAUUAUUUUCUCUUGGAAUUUUGAGUCGAUACCUUAAAAUGAACGAUGCAAUGAUCGGCCUGAUUGCUACUUUCUUCGAUAUUGCAACUGCUGUCGGAUUUCUAUUAGUUACUAAACUGCAAUAUUUAUUAUUUGUACCUCCAUUAGAACUGUUUCGUGGUGCGGCAUUAGCUCUCUGUGGUGCCAUAGCUUCGAAAUGCGUGGAAUCUCAUGAACUAGGAUCUAUGAAUGCCGUGAGAAUGGCCAUGGACAAUUUAUCAAAAAGUGCAAUCUUACCAUUGUAUAAUGUAGUGUACAACAGAACGCUGGAGUCUAUGCCUAGUGCCUUUUUCAUCAUCAGCAUAUGUUUAACCGUUCCGUUAAUCGGAUGUUUUGCCAUUACUUAUUACUUGACCCGAAAUCAAGUGUCACCGGUUAAACCAAUCCAGAAAAAUAAUUUGGAAGAUACAUCAAAUGAUCUCAACGCUAAUACUACUACUAAUACCAAUGAGAUGAAAUCCGACAAUGUUGAAGGACUUGUACAUAUGUAAAUCAUUUAUUUCAUGUAUAUGAGUAUUGAGACGUACCUACAUAAUAUAACAAAAAAAACAUCCCAAGUUGUUUAACCACACAUGGUAAAAAAUUUGUAACAAGCAUACAUUUCUUAAGUAUUUGCAUUGUAUUAAAAAAAUAAUAUCAAAUGUGAAUAUAACAUUGAACAGACAUUAUACUAAUAAUUUUGUCCAAUGAUGUUUGAACUAUUUUUAAUGAACUAUAUUUACUACACUUAUACUAUUAAAAUUGUAUUUAUUUUUUGUACUUGUAUAGCUGCAGGCAUACUUACUUAUAUAUAUGUGUAAAUUAUUACCUACUAUCUUAUUGUUGUUCGUUUUAUUUUCUGUUGAGUUUUUACAUUUUAAUCCAAUCUCAAAAUGUGUUUUUUUUAUUACCUAAGUAAUAAUAUGUAUAAUUUUAUAUUUAUAUUGAUAAGAUAUUUAUUUAUAAGUUAUUUGAUUAAUUAUUAUACAGAACCGUCAGUACCAUAUAAAUACCUAGUAAUUAGUAUGUACAUUUUUAAUAAUAUUACCGUGUAACUCUGUAAUGUGUUGGUCAAUAAAUUGACACUUAAAAUUUUGUGGUUAAAAAAACUUCAAAAAACUAUAAUAAUUAGUCUUGUAAAAUGUUACUGGCUUAUGAUAAAAAGUAUUUAUUGAACAUUUCAUUUUUAAAAUGUAGAUACAAUUUUUUUGGUUCAAUUUUAUUUAGGAAUAGGUAAUGAUGAUUGAUGAUGUUACAUUAUUACGGGAAUUAUUAGGAAUUUAAAUUUUAAAUUAAAAAAAAAGCUGUAUGAUUAUCAUUGAA